AUGGAGCCCGCGCCCGCCCGCUCGCCCGCGCCCCAGCGCGGCCCCCCCGCGCCCCGCGCGCCCCCCGCGCCCGCCCCGGAGCCCCUCUCCGAAGACCAGCGCGCCGGCCCCGGCCACGGCCCCCCGGAGCCAGCCACUGAGGAUGAGUUCCAGUUCCUGAACUGCCAGGGCUGCCAGACAGAAGCCAAGUGCCCCAAGCUGCUGCCUUGUCUGCACACGCUGUGCUCAGGGUGCCUGGAGGAGCAGAGUGUGCAGUGCCCCAUCUGCCAAGCCCCGAGACCGCCAGGUGCCAACACAAGGGCCUUGGAUAACGUCUUCUUCGAGAGUCUGCAGCGGUACCUGUCCAUGUACCGCCAGGUCGUGGGCCAGGAGGCCUUUUGCACCCGCUGCAAAGAGGCGGCUGACUUCUGGUGCUUUGAGUGCGAGCAGUUUAUAUGUACCAAGUGUUCUGCGUACCACCAGUGGUACGCAAAGCAUGAGAUCCGGCCCCUGGCAGAACUCCGCAGCCAGUCGGUGCGUGAGUUCCUGGAUGACUUGCGCAAGACCAGCAAUAUCUUCUGCUUCAACACCAACCACCGCCCCCCUAUUCUGACUAGCAUCUACUGCCGAGGCUGCUCCAAGCCGCUCUGCUGCUCAUGCGCGGUCCUGGACGAUGAGGACCACAACAAGCUGAGGUGCGACAUCAGCCUGGAGAUCCAGCAGAGGCAGGAGGAGCUGGAUGCCAUGACGCAGGCACUGCAGGAGCAGGAUGCAGCCUUCGGGGUGGCGCAGGCGAAGAUGCAAUCGGCUGUCAGUCAGCUGGGACACAUGCGCAAGGACGCUGAGAAGCUGAUCCGCUCACGCAUGGACCAGGUAGUAGAGCACGUGCGGGCGCAGGAGCAAGAGCUGCUGAAGGCGGUCAAUGAACGCUACCAACACAGCUAUGAACAGCUGGCUGGCCACCUGCGCCACCUGGGUGCAGUGCUGCAGCGCAUCCGCACGGGCAGUGUGCUCGUGCAGAAGAUGAGGUGCUUCGCCUCGGACCAGGAGGUGCUGGACAUGCAUGGCUUCCUGCGUGAGGCCCUCACCUCCCUGCGGCAGGAGCAACCCCCAGACCUGCAAGCUGCGGUGCACACCGACAGCUUCGAGGAGUUGAAGGUGUACCUGCAAGAUCUUGUUUCUUGCAUCAUCCAACGAACAGAUGCAGCUCUACCGAAGCAAACCAGCCCAGAGAUGGCCAGCGCCGCCAAGAACUUUAAUGACAUUGACCUGCCCGAGAAGGUGCAGGGGGUACAGGUGCAGCCCUCAGAACUGGCUGAGGCCCAACCUGUGGCUGUGGUACAGUCAGUGCCCGGGGCAUACCCUGUCCCGCUGUAUGCCUACUCCAUCAAAGAUCCCUCCUCUAGAGAGGAGGUCUCUACACCACAGAAGAGGAAGUCCUGCCAGACUGAGUGCCCCAGCAAGUUCGUCAAGAUGGAGUCUGAGGAAGAGAGAGAGGCAAGGAUGGCCUGGAGUUCCCCCGAGCAGCCCAGGCCAAGCACCUCCAAGGCAAUCUCACCACCCCACCUGGAAGGGCCUCCCCGACCCAAUAACCCUGUCGUGGGAAGUGAGGUCCUCCUGCCCAACAGCAACCACGUGACCAGCGAAGCUGGGGAGACAGAGGAGCGCAUCGUGGUGAUCAGCAGCUCAGAAGACUCAGAUGCUGAAAACUCGCCUGUGAAGCCCAUGGAGACCACCGAGCCGAGCACCGGGCCAUGCUCCUCGCCUGCCCACCCCCUGCUGAGAGCAUCAGAAGCAGCCCUCCCCUGCGGAGACCCUCAUCUGCCCCAGAGAAAACCGCAGUGGCUGUGCCUCCAGGCUGGGCCACCCCACCAAUCUGCGCCAGUCAUCAAGCAACUCAUGCAGCAUGAGAUCAACUCCCUGUUGUGCACACCACAGAGAACAGCUCACUCUCGCCGAGUCUUCCGCUUGCCCCUCACAGCGUGCCGCUUGUGGGCAUGCCCCAGCCCUGCGGUUGAGGCCACCUCCCAGGUCAUCACCCCCCGGCAUCCCAGCCCUGCCAGUCCCUGGGAAUGCACUGUUCGCCACCGCCGCAGCAGGACCAGGAGCCAACCCCGUUGCCGCCGGGGCUCCUCCCACGUAAGGCAGUGGCUCAACAAGUUUUUUUCCCUUCCUCUGGCCUCUGUGACAUCCCAGCUUAAUGCCUCUAUCAGUGGGGGGACGAGAGGAGGCAGAGCACUCCGGAUGCUUGGCACAGGACUCUCCCCUGGGGAUUCUAACAGAGCCCCCAUAGAGCAUCCUCAAAUUCAGGUCCCAUCGGAGGGCCCUCCAAAUGCUGCCCCACCUUCCCACUCUCCAGAAAGGCCCCCCACCAGCCCAGAACCCUCUUGGACCUCUGACAGCCCCUAGUGCCUCUCUCCUCAACUGCUGGCCCCUUCCUUGUAACCUUGUGGCCAGACACACAGCCCUGGCCCCUGAGCUUCCUCCAUUCUGCUGCCCAGCCCUGUCCACAGACCUGAAGGCCCAGCACACAGUAGGUGUUCAGUACACCUCGGUCGAGGAAUGAGCGGAGGGUGAAUGGCUUCCUGGACCUCCAGGUAGGGAGGCAGACUUAGGGCCUCUUUAGCGGAGAGGUCUUGAUUGAGAUUCAGGCCCUUUCAUGUCCCUGGGCCUCUUCCCUCACCCUCGGCUCCUCCCACCGCCCCACCCCCACCAGCCUUUCCAUGAGGCCUCUGCCAGGAUCUAAACCCAUGUUGGCAGGGACUGUGUCUACCCCAGAACUUUGCAGACAUGGCUGCUCAAUAAAUAUCUGUUGAAUGACCACCCUUGCAAACCUUCUUCCACGACCCUCAAGUUCCCCGCUGCGCUGAGCUUUUCGCUGCAGGUGGCUUUUGUCCUCUCCCUGCUCAGAAACUCAGUUCUCCUGGGGGACUGCCGUGUUCUCUUUCCACCACACCCUGUGAGCAUCAGAGACAGUGGGAAGGCCCAGGGCUUCUGUGUCUUCUGGACUGUUCCAGCCCCACCAUCUGUGCUGGCUAGCUCUCCACUCCCCUAGUUCUGGUGCCUCCUCCUCACCUCCCUUCUGGGAGGCAGCUGCGCCUUCCACUCCAGGAAGGCUGCGUAGCCCUCAGACAGCAGGGGAGCUGUCAGGACAUCUGACAACAGACCUACCUGCACAGGGGACAUCCUUUCCCCUGUCCCUUCUGUUAGGGUGGAGGGCACAGCACCCCCUCUUCUAGCCUGGUCUCAGCACCCCUGCCUCCUUGGGAGCCUCACUCUGUCCCCCCACCGUCAUCUGCGCCUUCAAAAACCUCCACUUCCUUCUGAGGCAAUUCAGUUCCCUGAAGAAAGUCUUCCCCAGCCUGGAAUCCUGCAGCCCACGGUCCUCUUCAGUGACGGUGCUCCUGCACUCCCUGGUCUCCGCCCUGCCUGGGCACUGCAGCCUUCCUCACCCCACUUCCGGGCCCAGCCCCCAGGCCCACGAGCCCAUGUCCCUGCUGCCAAGGCGGGGCAGUCACCUUCAGGCCUUGCUCUUGGUCAAGCCACCUCCCUGCUCCCUCGAGGGCCAGCUUCCCUUCUGCUCUUCCCCCUCCUCUCAAGUCUCAGUUCUUUUCAGUGCUACCGCACUUCUGGGCCUGGUUCUGGUUCUGGGCCUUUUUCUCUUCCCACGUCCUCCCACCCCGAUCUCGGUCACACUGUGGCCUCAGGGACGGGCUGCGUCCCAUGAGGUCAGCGCUUGCUCCCACCAGAUAGGCCAGCAUCGCCUGGGCCCCGCUCCGUGGGCGCCGCUCGGAGGGAGACCCUGCAUCGUGUCUCACAAUCCACCGUCUGCCAGUUGCCAUCCGAGACCCCAGUGCUGCCCGGACACGGCCGCGCUGACAGUCAAUUGUUGUGUCUUGUUCUAAAUUUCUCUGAAAUCUGGGCACCUUUUCCAUCUCAGAAUCUCGCAAAAAUUAAGAGAACAGCCAACUCUAGGUGAGAGGAACCGUGGGAGGGGAAGAGAGGAAAGGAUUAGCGCUGCCUGUAGAGGAUUAGCCUGCCUGUAGUCCUGGCAGACUCUUGAGAGCCAAGGUGGGGGCCUGUAGUCCCUGCAGACUCCUGAGAGCCAAGUGGGGGCCGUAGUCCCUGCAGACUUCCUGAGAGCUAAAGCGGGGUUGGGGGGCGGAGGGCCGGAACUCUCAUAUUCGGGAGUUGGGGACCAAGGUGUCUGCCUACAGCUCAGCUGCGAGCAUGGAGUCACCAGUGAUGGUGGGAAAGCACGUCCGGGUUAUCAAGAAUGAAGUAAUUAGGAGCAGCUGCUCGCCCGGUAGAUCGGGGCUGAAGCGCGGAGAGGGCCGCCAGCCACGGCUUCUGUGCGGGCGUCUGCAGACAGCGUGUGUUUUAAAUGAACCAGUUUGCAGGCGUCUCAGACGUUUGAGGGUGGGGGACAGGAAUGCGAGAGAAAACAAAUAAGGUCCUCCUUGUGUAUUUCUGACCCACCUUUCGUGCCUGCUUCCAGACCCCAGGCACCCCUGGAGCGCCACAGCAGGUGCCCACGUCCCCACAGCCGUCUCCACGACCUUUAUCUGACUUCCAAUGUGUAAAAAUUACAGAAUUCUGGCCUGCUGAGAUGCACACUCACCGUGCAUGCCAGGGAGUGUAGGCCCCUGCUCGGCCUCUCCAGUGUCAGCUGCCUAAUCCACCCUCCUCCUGGCGGUGGCAGGGCUGGGGCUGGCCUGACUGGCUGACUCCAUGGAGCCACCAAGCAGGAGUGCUCUGUGGGGGACCCUGCUGGAAGACACAGGGGGGCUGCAUUCCUUGGCAGAGACCUGAGCUGAGGACUCUCUUAAAAAUGGGGGUGAGUCAGCAGGGCCUCUCCCAAGCAGAAGAAGACAAAUGUUCUCACUCAGUCUCGAGUCAGGAGACAGCUCCAGUGCCCCUGCCAAAUGGAAGUUGGGGGCAACCCCUGCGGGAAGUGGCAACAGAACGGGGGCCUGUGAGUAGCCACAGCUGGGGCAGGGCCUGAGGCAGUGGCCACAGAGAGCUCAGGGGUCCUCAGGUGAGCUAGUGGAACAGUGUAGUUCAUCUGUGCGCAUGAGAUGCCUUCUAGACGAUGCGAGGGCUGGUGUUUUGUGUCUGCCCCAAAUAGCAAUGGCAUGUCUUGCCAAAGUGAUCUCUGUUGGUGUUUGAGCUGAGGUGCUGAGGAAGCUCCCUGGGAGCUGGGGGCUUGGGCUAAGCAUUCAUGGCAGAUUUCGAGGGACAGCUUCGGGUGAGUGGGUGCUUGGUACUGAUGUCAGAGUCUGGCUCCUGUUUGAUUGAUAAUGAAACAUGGGAUGAAUCUGCAAUUAGGACAGUUGUUAACCCUGGCUGCACACUGGAAUCACUUGGGGGUGGAGGGGGAAGGUUAACAGUGACAGAUUCUUGCAUCCCAUCCUGAGAUUCUGAUUCAAUCAGUCUUGACUGUAACCUGGGCAUCAGGGUCAUUUUUAAAUUCUAUUGAAAGCUACCAAUGCAUAACCAAGGUAGAGAACCAGUGGUGUGAAGGAUUUAGUGAGCACCUGUAGCAGAGAUGCUGCUCCUGCGUGUCUGCCGUGAGCCGGGCGACGCGUGCAUGCUGGGAGAGGACACGGUGGGGAAGGGAGCGCUGGAUCUUCCCAGGUGAAUCGCCUAGAUUUUGGGAGGGUGAUAAAAAUGUCCACCAGCGGCUUCCCGUGAGCACCCUCGGUACUGCCAGUAGACCUGCUGUUUUGAGGUGGGAUGUGGUUGACCUGUAACGGAGACAACUGAAGUUAGAGCUCGUGAGCCAGAGUGAAUGUGUACCCCAAAGAAAUCCUGGAUCCCUGAGAAACAGCCCCUUAGCCCACUGUAAUAAAGAUUGCAUCUUUCAAAGACUAUUCGAGGUGAUUUGACUCCUAACUCUCAGCAGCUCUUCUUACAUUCCUGCAGCUCUCAUUCUCUCGCACUAGGCCCCUAAAGCAUUUCCCUGCUUUUCCCUUUCCAAUCCCCACAGCCCACACAUGGCCCCUGGCCCCUGCUUGCUUUACUUCGCACUCCCUCUCACCACCCAAUUCCUUUUCCUGGAAGCAAACUCAGCCUUUUCUAGUCCUUGGGUUCUGAUCUCUGCCACUGUCCCUCCCUGUGCUCCCCGCUUAGACAUACACACACACACACACACACACACACACACACACACUCUUGAGGAGCAGGAUGUGGGGGUGGAACCUGAGGGGGUCUUUAAGUGCUGCCUGUCUACAGUGCUAGCACUUCCAGUUGGCCUUCAAGGCAGGGAGGGCGAGUUGGGUUUCCAGCUGGUUUCUAGUGGGGGUGCAGUGGGAAGCUCCAGUGAGAGAGCCCUGUGGAGAGCUGCACAGCAUGGAAGGUCCCCAGGGCAAGAAGGAUCUUGGAAGAAGAGGAGUCGGGACUGGAAGAUCCAGCCUUCCCUCCAGUGGCUAGUUCUGCAGAGAGUGUCCUUUUACUGAGGGGGCCAGUAGGAUCUUCAAGGGACGUGUCUGUGACUGUAAAAGAGAAAAUGACUCCAGGACAAUGGGUGAUGGCCAGGAUAAAUGACUCCAGUAGAAAGAUGGGGAGCUUGCCCAAAGAUGCAGCUGUCCUGCUCUCCAGGGAGCUCAACUCUCGGAAGGUCUGAUCCAAAGAGACGACUAUGACUUGAAGGCUGCAGAAAUUGCUAGAAGGAAGGAAACAGGUGGAAGCACAGGGCCACAGCAUAGGCUUUUGCAGUUAUCUUUGGAGCAAAGGGAGGGAAGAACAGAAAAGACCCAGGUGCCAUGUCAGCGGGUAGCAGGGAGGGCCCAGCCAAGGAGAGGGCGCUUGAGUGGUUGGCAAGAGAGAGCUGAGGCCCCGGGAGGACAUAACAAGGGGAGUCCAGCUCUUUCCACCAGCUUCCUUGCUGGUGGAGGACACCACUGCCUUGUGAACAGAAUGGGCACUGGGAGACUGGAGGUGGGGAACAACUGGGUUCUCCCACAGGGAGGCAGUUAGGCCUGCAGUCCACCAGACAGCCACUGCCAGGAAGAUGCCACAGAAGGCUCCUUGCAGAGAGGCCAGGAAGCUGUGGCAGUGAGACAGACACUCAGUGCCAGAGGUGCAGGGUCAGCCCUUGAUGCCUGUUGGAACCAAUGAGAUGGGUAGCAAGGCUUUUGACAGUCUCUUAUAAGGUCCUUAUGUCUAAAGUCCUAGAACUCACAGCGUCUGUAAGCAAAACCAGCUCCAACUGGAUUCCCAGUGUAUUAGCCACUGAAGAAAGGUGACGAGGAGCCUGCGGUAGGGCUAUGAAAUACAGAGUAAAAAUCAGCCAGACCUAGGAAAGUCCAGUACAUUUUAAUUGUGGUUAGUAAUGACUUCACUUUGGGCUGAAAUUUUGGAUAAACAAAUGUUUUGCCUGGAGAAUAGGAGGGGCUAGAAGUUAUCCCCAGACCAGAGAGAUUAGCCAGAGGCCAGGCUUUCUGGAGGCCUCCGGUUGCCCCAGGUGGGGCCACCUAUCACCCAGCCAGAGGAGACAGUCCAUGAAGAGAAAAGAAUGCAGUUGCUUUGCUCUGGUCUCUAGCUAAUGUCUGCAGGUGGCAUUCCAGGAGGUUCUGAGUAGGCCACCAAACACUGAAUGUAUAGGUUUGGCUGCUGUGCAUAUGAGCAAUUAACACCAUAUCAUCAGAGACUGACCUCCCUCUGAAGCCCAAGCUCCUCAGGCAACUCUCAGCUAUGAAUCCCUUCCCCACCUCUAGCUCGAGGCCUUUGUGUUCUGGCCUUGACCCUGGGGGGAGUCUCUGUGUACAGACUGGAGCAGCCUCUGAACUUGGAACAGCAAAUUUCUGAGUGUUUUUCCCCACUGCUCCCCCUACCAGGCUGUGUCCACCUAGAUGUGGCUUUCUUGAGGUGGGCAGGACAAUAGGGACCUCACUUGGCUUUAGCAACUAGAAAAGCCCUGCUCCCGGUCCCUUCUAGAGAACCAUCUGGGCUGCUGGAUGUGGCUCCCCCUCCUGUCCCAGAUUCAUAUUUCUUCUGAGUCUUUUCAAAGAAGAGCUACCUGAGCUACCUGCUACCUGAGUAGCAGACACCUCCAGCCCUGCCCACCAUGACCUGAUUCUUGCCUGAGCCUCUGUCAGUACCGCUCGCCCAUGCCCACACUUGCUCAUGGGUUCUUGCAUUUGCACAUACACUGGUGUCAACACGGCUUCGCAGAUUCUCACACACACACACACACAUACACACACACACAGAGUUGACAUUGGUUUUCAUUUUCACACUUGCAUUUUCAUUCACAUUUGCCCACAUGCUCUCAUCCUCGCACCUGUUCCUGCGUGUGCAUUGGUUCACACGCGACCCUCAUGCGUGCACAUGCAUGCUCACAUCUGUCCCAGCUCACACAUCUCUUGCACACACGUUCUCUUUCCCAGUGAUGUGCUCACUCUCAAGUGCAUGCAGGGGCCCCAGCUGUGACUUGCUUGCAUCCCUGCUCCCACAUUCGGGCACACAUGCCCACAAUACCUGCUCUCCGGCAUCUGCGCACAUGGCCAGUGUGCUCCCUCUGGCACUCUGACUGCUGACCUGUCUGUUUUUCUGUG